AUGGGUGCUCUUUGUAAGCCUCAAGACAUGGGGAAAUGGCUAGGCUUCGCCUAUGCAAUUUCGGGGUUUGCGACUUUGAUAGGGAACCCCGCAACCGGAGCGAUCCUUGACAGACACGGAUCUAAUGGCCUCGUGGCGUUCCUCGCAGCAGUUCUCGCUUCUGGCCUGAUCAGCAUAGGUAUCCUCCGAUGGCAGUGCAAUGGCCGGCGUUGGUUGGUGAUGGGCAAGAUCUGAUGUCGGUUUACCUGGUUGGCUAUACCCUCGUGAUGGGUAACACAGCAGGACGGGGAAGGGGGUGGUUGCCCAGUAGAGGUGGGACCGAACACCAGAAUCUCGUUAGUUAGUAACAAUAUCUAACUUUUGGGAUCUGAGAUCUGGACUGCUCAUCAAAGUAACAAAAGUCAAGGUAGGGAUAGAGGUUUAUUUUGAGACUGACUUUGUGUCUAUGGGUAACAGGAUGACAGUGCGGGUAAGGAGAGACAGAAGUGAGACAGACCCACGGGAAUUGGACAGCUGACACCGGAGAAUGUCGACCCGAUUCUCCGACUUGUAGUUAUCUGCGCAAAUUCACACCGGAAGACGGGGGGGCUUUUCGACUACAACACCACCACAGCAAGCGCCCCUCAAAAGUGUACGACUGCUUCGCCGGGUUACGCAAGAUCCAGAUACCCGGUUUGGAACCAUGUAGUUUGCUGGUACGCCUCUCUCAACCUCUCAUUUCUUGCGCAGCUUUUAUUUCCCGGAAAAUUUCAUGACAGAUCGGAAAUCAGAAAUCUGAGGAGUACAUACAGCUAGGAAACUAUCCGUGAGAUGGGGACGGGAGCUAAUCACCCGUUUUAUAUGGGGGUUGGGGGAGCGGUUGGGGGCUAGCCCCGGAAUUUUCGUUUCUCGGAGAUGUCACAAUCGGUUUUGUUGUUGCCAGAGGCCGCAGCGGUACUAUACACCACCAUCUUUCCCUCUUUUUUCUCCCGCAUCCACCUUGACAUCGGGACCUGGCA